UUUUUUUUUUUUUUUUUUUUUUUUCGCCACUUCUUACCACCGAUCGGCUGGGUUGGCUUCUUGUCGCGUGACUUGUGGUGACGAUUGCGAGUGGUGGCUGGAUUGUUUGGGAGGCUACACUCGCCGUGAUGGAGGGAGAGAUCAGGUGUUCGAGUGCAUGAGUCGGGAGUUGUGGUGUCUGUUGUUGUAAGGGUGCAUCAGUUUGUGCCACUCGGAAAGGAUGUUGACGUGCCUCUCAAAGGAGUAAUCCAGCUACUGCAAUGCGUAGCUGCUGUUGCUGCAUUGGAGGGUACUCUGCACCGUGCUCUUCGAAGGAGAAGCUAUGCGGACCGUAACUACUAGGAUUUUGUAGAGAGGCGGAACUUGUGAAGUGGAUGCUCACACACAAUCAUCGCAUACAAUAGCCAUCAGGGUUUCUUCUAGUCUUUGAGCAAUUGAAACAAAAUUUCAAAUACUGUAGUUAUUUUUUAGUCUCUGGUGGAGACGAAUAUCGAAUUAACAGAGGUUUGAAACUUGGACAUCUUCACCUCCUUCCCUUGUCGACCAGUAACUGGAUUGAUGAGCAAGGACGAGCCCCUUGAAGAGAGGAAGCUCUUAGCCGUAAAGAGCUGGUUCUCACGAAGUGUUAGUAGCAUAUCCUCCAACAAUGGUUCUGUUGAGGCUGUUGUGGAUGGGAAUUCCUCCAGUGUCUCUGUGUCCAAGGAGGGAAUGGUCGACAAUGGGACUGGCAAUACCCCCCUGAGACAGCUUUCCAUGAGAAGGUCAAGACCUUCUGUGGAGACUGAGAAGGAAUCUGGAACCGGCAGUCCUUCUGUGACACCUAGGAAUAUCACACCGCUAACGCCCCUUACUCCACUGAGGUGGAAAUCCAACCCCCGUGAACAAGAAGAAGAAGAGAAGGCCGUGGAACGCUCGAGAUUGGGUUCUAUGGGUUCGGUUGUUAUGCCUCAUGAUGGGUAUCUGGGGGUUCAACCAGCUGUGAGUAAUGGAAAGGAGGAGCGUGCACCUGAGAAACAGCCACAAGGCGUGUCUGUACAUGGGGCGGCUGCAUUUGAUUGUACCAAGUCAGUUGAUGAACUUUCUUUGAAGGCGCAAGCAGGAAAUGUAGAUAGAAGCUCCAGUCCUGAGUCUCCCGAAGGUCCUGACAGGAAGCUAUCUUCAGGGGAUGACGUCAUGACGAUGACGAUUGAGUUCUUACGAGCUAGGCUUCUAUCUGAACGUUCUGCUUCCAGGGCUGCAAAACUGAAAGUUCAGCAACUUGUUACGAAGGUGUCUGAACUGGAACAGAAGCUGGAUCAGGCGAUUGAAGAUCGAAAGAAGGCAGAGGUCGCUGCUCAGGAAGCAGUCAUGAAGUUAAAACUGGCAGAAAGUUCUAAUCAAUUUACAGAAAAGGCACCUGUCGAAGUAUCAGAUAAAUGCACUUUGAAUCCUACGAAAAGCUCGCCAGUUUCGAGCUCAAAAUCGGGCAGGGAGGAUACAAAAUUUUUGCAGCCAGAUUCAAGUAUUAUUGAAGACUUGUCGCGGACAAACUCUAAUGGAAGUUCUGUUGAGGAUAGGCAUUCUACCACAAAAAACCAGUUGCCGGAGAUUGUGAGCAAGAUUCAUGAACGCACAGUUGAGGAGGGUAGAUCUGGUAUGAAGCCUGCCCUUCAGAAUUCGUCGGAGAGGACUCCAGAGUCACCUCAAAAUCAGAACAGCAGGGCUGCACUUGAAAUUCGCUUACGGAGCAUGUGGAGUAAGAUCAGUGAGGAGAUGACUGCUCUUGCUGAAGAGAGAGGCGACGAAGUUGUUGUGCGAGAAGAGAUCAUGAGCUGGAUGGACCAAGUACCUACUGUUCUUCAGGAUAUUAUUUCGAAGAAAGAAGUUAGUCCGUCCCAUGAUGUACGCCUGAGAUCUGAAAAAGAAAUGAUCAAACCUCAUGAUGUGCCAAGAAUAGUGAACGAAGGUCAUUCAGCGCCAUCACCGCAAGUCGCACAAGGCAAGGGCCAAUUUCAGGGAGAUGCGAGGAGGGAAGCAUUGCUGCAUGAACAGUUUGCUGCUCAGGAAAGUGUGCAACGAGAAUGGAACAGGAACUAUCAGGAAUAUCAAAGAAAAUUGGGGCAGGGUGAUGAUCUCAAUGGCAUUCGAUCACCAAACGCUUCUGCUAGACCCCGGGAAUAUCAACAUGGAGAUCAAAGGCAUGGAUCAAAUGAUCUGGUGGAUGAUCCAUCCUUCUUGGGGUCUCAUCAUGCACGGUUAGCUAAAAGUAAGAGCACAUUGGACCUUCCUACGAGACCUAAUGAGUAUAGUUCGGACAUGAAUUCACCUCACCGUGAAGGACCACAUGUUGAAUCGGAUUCAUGGAAUCUCGAGGGGCCGCGAAGACAUAGAACUAGUGGUCGACAUCCUGAUUCAGUACACGGACAAAUACCAAACGAUCCUACCCAUGUGAACCACAAUCGAAUGUUUCAGGAUCGCUCUGCGGCACCUUCCAUGUUGCAGGGAGCAGGACAUGAGCCAUGGCUUGGAAGGAAAUCGGACCAAGAGACUGCUUUAUAUUACGAAGAGUCUGGUAAUCGAACCUACAGUCAAGGUGGAUAUCCGCCACAUGCAGAAGGUCUCCCAGAUAGACCUCAAUUUUCUACUAACAGAUCAGCUGAGGAUGGAUACCGAAACUCUCAACCAGACCUUAGGGCUGGGCAACCCACAUGGGACGAUAAAGAUCGGGGAUACAGUGGUGAAAGCAAUCGAAUUGAAAGAGAUGGUUUCUACAGGGGAAGCGAAAGGGAGGACUUUUUCCAACCUGAUAGUGCUCGUCGGCAUCGACAUCGGCAUCGGAGGUCUCACUCCGAUAGUAAUGACUGGCCAGCUGUGGAGGAUUACGGUUUGCUGCAUCAACAGCAUGAACCAAGUCCUGGUCUAGGGAGACGGCAAUCCUAUUCUGGGUAUCCCGCAGCAAUGGCUUCGGACUUAUCUCCAAACAGUUUCGAGAAGACCUCCGGGGCUUACGACGAUCUACGUCACAGUGAUGAAAGAAUGCAUGAGGCACGUGGACAGAGGCGAGACAGCUUUCCUGUUGCCAAGGUAGAUAAUGCUUUUAGACACCAGUAUUCGGCUCAAAAUUUCUACCCCAGUGCUGAGCCUACGCUAAGUCUUGGAUAUGGGCCUGCUUAUGAUGCUCCUAGGGAAAGUUCACCUGUUCAACAAGGUCCCAAAAAUGGAGUUAAUAAGAAUGUAAGUGAUGUGCUGCGUGCAUUACAAAUGGCAAAAGCCAACAUCCAGAGUGGAAGCAAAGUCUCCAAGGAGCAAAGACUAAGUGGUGAUCGGGCAUCACUGAAGACAGGAUAUGGGAUGGAACACUCUGCUCAGUACAUGCAAACAAUCCGGCAAACAUCGCCAGAACAGUUGAGAUAUUCCGAGAGUCAGCAACCGCAAUCUGAAUCUUCAAGAGCUGCAUUUUACAAGGCAAAGUACGACCCUUGCGAUACGGAUCCUAGUCGAGAGCGGUAUCAAAUGGAGGGUGAUGCCAUUUCUGGUACCAAUGCUAACAGUAGUUACGUUGACCAGCUAAAUGUUGGGAAAGGGAUCCAAUUUUUCUUUCCUGGAUAGUUCCAAUAAUAUGCAGGUUCUUUUCCAAAAUUCAUUUUCGUCGUAUGCCGUCUUUUCUGAAGGAAAAUUUGUGGCUUUAAAUGUCGAAUCCAAAUCUAAUUGCAUUUUUCUCCAAAUCAUAUUUUCAUUGUCCAACUGUGCAAAAUUAUAUAAAAGUGAUUCUUGUUCUCA